AUACACGAAGCAUCGAUCGCAAUAUUUCCGACAACCUCGAAGGCAACAGUAGAGACUUGGCCAACACGUCCUCUGAGCAGCUCACUACUGGUGGAGCCAUUUUGAUUUGGAGCUGCACCGUCAGGGAGAAACUGUCUGGAGAAGGUUCGUAAAUGAUGUGGGACCAGGGAGGACAGCCCUGGCCGCAGUGGCCCCUGAGCCAGCAGCAGUGGAUGCAGUCUUUUCAGCACCAGCACGAUCCAGGCCAAGUGGACUGGGCUGCUCUAGCACAGGCAUGGAUAGCUCAGAAGGAGUCUACAGGAGCAGAACCGCAGAGCAUUCAGCCGAAUGGCCAGGAUAUUCCAGGCCUUGAAACUGUUGGACAGAACAAUCACACUGCCUUCCAGAGUGAGCCAACAUUUGGAAGAAUGUGGCAGCCAGAAUGGGGAAUACAUGGCCAGCCCCCUCCUCCUCCUCCACCCCCUGAUCAGGCCUGGAUACCUCCAGGGUCAGGACCGAUGGACGUGGUGAACGCUAGUGAGGACAGCAACAGUCAGGACAGCGUGGAGUUCAACUCUGAAGCCCACCACGGGGUUUUCCCCCAGAACAGCCAUGGGUAUGGGGCACAGCCCGACAGCUACGCCAUGGCCCCCAUGGCCAUGAACCAGUUUGAUUAUCAGCAUGGAGCUGCUUCAUCCUUCACCCCCACACCCAGUGGCUUCCCCACUCCGUACUGGCAGGGUCCUCCUCAGAACAGACGAGAUGCACGACCACCUGGAUUUAGAGAACGACCCAGAUCCCCCAUCCAGGUCCCUGUCGUCGAACAGGAGGCCCCAGCACCAUUAGAUGCUGUAAAAAGACGUACGCUUCCUGCAUGGAUCCGAGAGGGCCUUGAAAAGAUGGACAGAGAGAAGCAAAAGAAGCUGGAGCAAGAAAGAAUGGAGAGGGAGCGGGCAGAAUUAGCUAAAGAUGAUGGCAAAGUGCACGAGGCAGAUAUGGAGGGUGAUGGGCCACGCCUUCCCCGCAAGAGUAAAUUUGAUAGUGAUGAUGAGGGGAAUGAUGAUGCUGCUGAGGAAGAAAAGCCCCCCAUUAAGAAGGAGUUUUCUGUCCGAAGUCCAUCCCCUCCUGCAGAGGACAGCGAGCCUGAGAUGACUGAGGAGGAAAAGGAGUUCCAGCUGAUGCUUAUUACAAAAACCCUUCUGACUGAGAUUCUUCUGGAGGUUACCAAUGAGGAGAUUCUGCAUGUGGCUAAAGAGACUCACCGGAAAGCCACUCGAGCUCCUGCAAAACAGCUGGCACAGUCAAGUGCACUGGCUUCUCUGACUGGUCUCAGCGGGAUUGGUGACUAUGGUUCAGAUGAGAGUGAGGAUGAGGACGAUCACAGUGUUCGAGGCUCAGAGUCUUCUGACACCGAUGAGGAGGAGUUGCACCACCGCAUCCGGGAAAAACAGGAUGCCUUUCGUCGCAAAGAGCGGGAGAUGCAGCAGCAGCUGGAGAAACAGGCACAAGAGGCUCUGCUUGCACGUGAAGAAAUCGCAAAGGAGAAAUUGAAUAAAGAAAAGGGGGAAUAUGAUGAGGCACAAGCAGACAAUCCACGUAAACAGGAAGUAAAAGAAAGGGAGGCGGAGCCCUUAGUAGAAAGACGUAGGUCCCGUAGUGAAAAGGACAGUAGUGAGGGUAAGCCCUCGGGUAGGGAGAAGGAGCGGUCAGGCCGAGGUGUCAGUGAUUCACCGGCCAAUGGUCGGAGCAGCAGCUCCCACUCCUCUUCCAGUCACAGCAGCAGUCGUUCUUCAUCCUCCUCCUCUUCUUCUUCAGCAUCUUCCCGCAGUUCCUCUAGAUCCUCCUCUCCACAACGGAAAAGGAGGCGUAGCCGCUCUUCAUCUCACAAAGCUCGCCGGCGCACUCGGACCCGUAGCCGCAGUCACAGCUCCCAUAGGCAUCGCAGUGAGAAGGUUAGGGACAGAAGGAGGAGCAGUGCUGACAGAUCAAGCCGUCACAAGAAAGACCGUAGCGACUCCAGGGAACGCAGGAGCCGCAGGAGUAGGUCCAGAUCCAGGGACCGAGGCAGGGCAAGGGCCAGAGACAGCCAUAGUCGCAGCAGAGACAGAGAAAAAGACAAGAAGCAGGAGAGGAAGAGGAGCCGGGAGCGCAGGGAUAGCAGUCAUAGUCGUAGCAGUAAACACAAGCAGAAGGCCUCAAGCAAGGACAGGGAGAGGAGAAGAGAAAGGAGUCAUAGCCAUGAAAAAGACAAGAAAAAGAAAGAUAAGGACAGAGAGAGAGACUCUGACAAGAAGAAAGAAAAACCAAAGCCCAAAGAAAAGGAGAAAGAUAAAGGAAGUUCUGUAGUUGCAGAGGAGAAUGGAAAAUCGAAAAAACGAAAAGAGAGCGACUCCCACACAGACCUGUCACAGAGUGACAAGUACUCCCGGCAGGACAGUAAAGGCAGCAAGAAGGGCUCCGUCAAAGCUAGCAAGAGACGCUCAGACUCGGACUCAAGUAGAUCCCCAUCCCCCGAAAUUAGCAAGGAAAAGAAAUCCAAAAAAUCCAAACGUAGUCGCUCAAGGUCGACGGAAAAAUCUCACAAGUCUGGUAAGAAGGCAAGCCGCAAACACAAGUCUAAGUCGCGAUCAAGGUCAGCGUCCCCCUCCCGUCGUAGCAGACGCUGAGGAGCACAGUUAACCUCCUGAUCUGUGCACUUUUUAAAUUCCAUGAGUUGAGCAGGCUUGUCUCAUUAUAGAGGCAGUUGUGUAGGUGAACCCGUCUCAUUCAUUUCUUUCACUUUUGUAAAUACGUCAUUUUUAUUGUGUGGCUGAAGCACAAGACAUUUUCAGUGGUAGGAGUCUUCAGUAGUACAAUUAUGCAAAGCUUAAGACUUUGUGGACACUAAAAAAGUCAAGUUGUAUUAUUUUAAACCAUAACAGGAUUAACGUUUUCCUGAACACUAUUGUUAAAUGUCUAAUAAAACUGUUUGUUCCUUG